AGAAAAAAAAAUAUGGGAACAUUUGAGUUAAAAAAUUUUUAUAUAUUUUUUAAUUUUUAUUCAAUGUAUUAUAAUUUUUAUGCAACAGGAGUUUCAUUAACAUAUGGUAAUGGACUAUUAGAUAAACCAUAUUUUGAUGAUAUUAGUCCUAGAAAUGUUACCACCGUAGUUGAUGACACUGCAAUAUUAAAAUGUAGAGUAAAAAAUAAAGGAAAUCGUACGGUAUCCUGGAUGAGAAAACGUGAUCUGCAUAUUUUAACAACAAACAUUUAUACAUAUACUGGUGAUCAAAGAUUUUCUGUAUUACAUACACCAAAUACAGAUGAUUGGGAUUUAAAAAUAGAAUAUGCCCAACAACGCGAUAGUGGAAUAUAUGAAUGUCAAGUAAAUACAGAACCAAAAAUCAAUUUAGCCGUAUCACUAGAUGUUACAGCCGCUCGUGCAAAAAUUCUUGGAUCAACAGAAGUUUUUGUUAAACGAGAUAGCACAAUAUCCUUAGCAUGUGCUGUAAAUGUUCAUGCUUCCUCAGUUUUAUGGUAUCAUGGUACUAAAAUAGUAGAUUUUGAUUCAGCACGCGGUGGUAUUAGUUUGGAAACAGAAAAAACUGAAUCAGGUACUACAAGUAGGUUAAUGUUAACACGUGCAACACUUAGAGAUUCUGGGAAUUAUACAUGUGUACCAAGUGCAGCUGUUCCAGCAUCUGUACAAGUUCACGUAUUAAAUGGUGAACAUCCGGCAGCAAUGCAAACAAGCAGCGGUGUACCACAACCAUCUCAUUUAGCAAUCGUUACAAUUUUAUCAAUGAUAACAUGUCAUCAGCCAAUCAUAUCACAGACAACGUCCACAAUU